AUGAGUUCCGACGAUGAGUUCCAACAAUUGGUGGAUGGGGAGUUCGAUGAACUCGUUCAAGAGGUGCAACGGGAAGCAGAAGAGGAGGAGGCGGCGGCGGUGGCGGUGGCGGCGUUCGUUCGCCCGUUCUAUCAUCGGCAGACCAACUGGCGUGACCAUGUCGGGGCACACCAGCGGUUGAUAGAAGACUACUUUGGCGAUAACCCCCGUUACCCAGCAGAGAUUUUCCGUCGCCGCUUCAGAAUGUCGCAACGACUAUUCAUCCAUAUAGCGACUACAUUGGCGCAGCAGUACAGGUGCUUCACAUUGCGCAAUGAUGCUAGCGGCCGACCCGGGUUGUCGACAUAUCAGAAGUGUACCGCUGCAAUUAGGCAGCUUGCCUAUGCCGGACCCGUUGAUAUGUUCGACGAAUACCUACAGUUGGGUGAAACAACUGCUCUGACGGCGCUGAGGCAGUUUUGUAAUUGUAUCUAG